AUGGUAGUCACACCAUCUGCAGGGACUACGGGGACUAGUCCGAACCCCAAUGGCCCUAAAAGCGGUCUUUCCGCCGCCAAUCCUCGCAGCUCCGAUCAGCCUUCUGACGGGCAGUCCAAGCGGAAGCAAGCCGCUCUCGCGGAGAAGAAGUCGCAGGAGCUCGAGAAUGAGUUCAAGGCCAAGCACUUUGGUGUGAUGGGUGUACUGGCGUGGAUAUUACUCUUGCAUGUCGCCGGUAUCUAUCUGUUCACAAAAGGGUUCCUCCUCACGCGCAUGGUCCUCGAGGACAAGUCAACAUGCGACGUACUGCCAUUCGAGGACAUUUUGGCCCAACCGCACACCACAGCCUUGGGGAGUAAACAGCAGAAAGGCUGCUGGCACGAGAAAACCUUUGACAAGGCCGUUGUCAUAAUAAUCGACGCCCUGCGCUAUGACUUCACUGUGCCAUUUGCCUCGAAAGGAGAGAACUGCAGUGAAAAACCCCGCCAAUGCCUUCCUUCUGCCAUUCAUCGCAGACCCCCGACAACCACUCUGAACCGCCUGAAAGGUCUGACUACCGGAACCCUGCCCACGUUCCUGGAAGCAGGCUCUAACUUCGCCGGAACCGCUAUCGAUGAGGAUAAUCUCGUCGCACAGUUGCAUAGCGCCGGGAAGAACCUGGUUCACCUCGGCGAUGAUACCUGGCAGGCGCUGUUCCCGGGCUACUUUGAUACCAACCUCACGCAUGCGUAUGACUCGUUCAACGUCUGGGACUUGCACACCGUUGAUAAUGGCGUCACGGAGCAUCUGUUCCCGCUCCUUCGGCCGGAGAACAGCAAGAAAUGGGAUGUCAUAUUUGGUCAUUAUCUUGGUGUAGAUCAUGCAGGUCAUCGAUAUGGUCCUAACCAUGCUGCCAUGGCUUCCAAACUCCAGGAAAUGGACCGAGUUAUUCGUGAUAUCAUUAAUGCUCUCGAUGAUAAUACCCUUCUGGUCGUCAUGGGAGAUCAUGGAAUGGACAUCAAGGGCGACCACGGCGGUGAGUCUGAUGACGAGGUUGAGGCCGCGUUGUGGAUGUAUUCUAAGCGUGGCAUCUUCGGACGCACAAGCAAAGAUACGCUUCUCCCGCCCCAGUUUGCGCGCGACAGGCCCGUGCCUCAGAUCGACCUUGUUCCGACGCUGUCCUUGCUCCUUGGAAUGCCCAUCCCAUUCAAUAACCUAGGCUCGCCUAUUGAGGAGGCUUUCUCUGGCACACGUGGAAACAACUGGGCAAACCUGGCGACCGUCAACCGGUUGACUGCAGCUCAGGUCAAGAGGUACCAGCACCAAUAUGCGCUUGCUAGAGGUGCUGGUGAUGACGAAGAGUCGGCUUUGCUUUGGACUGCUGCAGAAGAGGAAUGGAAAUCUGCUUCCAAGGGCUUCUCGUCCAAGUCAACCGCUGCUCGUGCUAGCAAUGAGCUUUUCCGCAAGUACCAGCGUCACACUCUUGAUAUAUGCCGCGGAUUGUGGGCUCAAUUUGAUGUGCCCAGCAUGAUUCAAGGUGUUGUGAUUCUUCUUACUAGUAUUGUAUUGCUAGUCAUCUAUGCCCGAGGCCUGAAGACAGACCGAACCCAACUCACGUCUCGUUUGCUUCAAUUAGCAAGCGUAGGUGCUGGUGUUGGUGCCGUGGCUGGUUUUGCAUUUGGCUUGACUGACCUGACUGACAUGUCUAUGGUCGAUGGAGCUGUGCUGCUGUCUGCUGCUGGAAGCAUUCUUGGAGCCACACCGGCUCUCGUCAAGAAGCCUGCAAACCUGACUCUGCCUCUUCCGACCGGCAUGUGGGGAUGGCUUGCGCUUUUCUUUACCGUUUCUCAGUCUAUUGGAUUUGCCUCGAACUCGUACACCAUCUGGGAAGAUGAGAUCCUUUUGUUCUUCCUCACUACAUUCGGCGUAUGCGCGGGUAUUUCGUCCAUGCGACAGAAGCAGACCACGGACCGUGUCUUGGGUGUAUACCACUCUAUUCUGUUCGUGAUCCUCGGUCGAAUCGCGUCAUUCUCCCGCCUCUGCCGUGAAGAACAGAUGCCCUUCUGCCGCUCCACGUACUAUGCUUCAUCGGCUUCUUCCACCUCCGCUCCCUGGCAGCUUGCAAUUCCUUUCCUGGUCACUCUGUUCCUGCCCAGCGUCGUACGGUCCUUCUACGCCGGCUCCAAGUCCUAUGAAGGCACCGCAUCGUUAUGGAUUGGGUUUGCCUUCCGCUUCGGUCUCUUCGUCACCUUCCUAUUCUGGAUCCUCGAAGGCGCCGACGACGGCGAGUGGCUACCUGUAAGCAAAGAAACGCUCAAGUUCGUCCGCGUCUUCCUAGCCCAAUUCGUCCUUGCCCUCGCAUUCGCAGCAGGCACUACAGCAUACUUCUAUGCCAAGCCCUGCGUCAGCAUCAACGUGAGCAAACCCACCGAAGAUCCCAACAGCCCACCAGCCCCUAUAGUCACCGGCCAGCAACAAGGCCCACGAACAACAGUCACAAUCCUCGGCUUCGGCAACGUCUAUGGAACGCACUUCUGCUUCCUACUCCUUAACAUCGCCCUCGCCAUUAUCCUCAUGCAGAAACCAAUGGGCCAAGGUGCCAUUGCCCUCCUGCUUUGGCAGAUCCUCUCCCUCCUCGAAAUCCUCGACACAAACAGCCUAACCAUGACAAACUCCUCCAUCGGCCCCGUCAUCCUCGGCGUCCUUGGCUCUUUUUACUACUUCAAAACAGGCCACCAGGCCACCCUCUCCAGCAUCCAGUGGGAAACAGCCUUCAUCCCCCUCGCAACAAUCCAAUACCCCUGGUCCCCAAUAUUCGUCAUCCUCAAUACCUUCGGCGCCCAAAUCCUGGCCGCCAUCGCCGUCCCCCUCACCGUCCUCUGGAAACGUCCCCUCCAGACUCACGACCGUGUCCCCGCCUCAAACCCAAACAAGAACCCCGCCACACGCAUCCUCUCCGAUGUCGUACAGGCUGCUGGGACACAUAUCCUCUACUUGGCAACGAUUAAUCUCGCUACAACUAUGUGGGCCGGCCAUCUCCGACGCCAUCUCAUGCUCUACCGUAUCUUCAGCCCUCGUUUCAUGAUGGGAUCAGUGGUACUGGCUGUUGUUGAUGUUGUCUUGAUGAUCGUUGCUGUUGGCGGUGUGCGCUGGAGUACUCUCAGUGUUGGUGAGAUCUUUGGUUGGUGA